AAGAACUGCUUCUAAAUUCGAAAGUCUGCAUGUGAUUUUGUGCUGCCGAUUCAACAACUUUUCAGCAUAUUUAUCGAUUGAGUAGCCAGCUGACUGUAUACAGGCCGUAGGACUUCUAAAAGACUUAGUAGAAAAUGGCAACAUCCAAGGUAACGUUCAAAAUCACUCUCACAUCCGACCCAAAGCUGCCAUUCAAAGUGCUAAGCGUACCCGAAACGACACCUUUCACGGCGGUGCUAAAGUUUGCUGCAGAAGAAUUCAAAGUACCACCGGCAACUAGCGCUAUCAUCACGGACGAUGGCAUCGGUAUCAACCCACAGCAGACCGCGGGCAACGUGUUUCUGAAGCACGGUUCCGAACUACGACUGAUUCCCCGCGAUCGUGUCGGUUGCUGCUGAGCGACAAAGAGCCCCGUCACGGGCGAAGCUUUUGCUUGACCAUGUGUUUUCUGUACGCUUCUGUCGCGGGGAACCGGCUUCCGCUUUCGUUUGGCGCCGUUCGCAACAAGUAAUGUGAUACGCAACGUACAUCUAGCGCGCCCGCUAUGCGAAAGCAUUUUAUUAUUCGUGUUUAUGUGUUGGGGUCGAUUUAAAUAAA